UAGACACAGCGAAAGGAUCAUGGCGGAUGGCCCCAGGUGUAAGCGCAGAAAACAGGCGAACCCGAGGAGGAAUAACGUAUCGAAUUACAGCAAUGUGGUGGAGGCGAACUCGGACUCUGACGACGAGGACAAGCUACACAUCGUGGAGGAGGACAGCCUUCCAGACGGCGGCGACUGCGAUGGCGGCGUGCCCGGCCACCCGGCGGCGCUGGAGCAGAACGGGGCGGAGCACGAGGAAGAGUGGGAGGAAGAAACGAGAGAGGGAAACCUGGGGCCUGACGCACAGCAGCAGGAAGCAGGGUUUAAAGUGAAGGAUGAGUGCGGCUCAGAUGGGGAGGAGAACGGCAGCACGGACGCCAUGGUGGAGGAGAUGCUUCAGCAGGGCGACACCGCCGUCAUUUACCCAGAGGCACCUGAGGACGAGGCACGGCAGGGCACACCUGAGGCCAGCGGCCACGACGAGAACGGGACCCCAGACGCCUUCUCCCAGCUCCUGACGUGCCCCUACUGCGCCCGCGGCUACAAGCGCUACACCUCGCUGAAGGAGCACAUCAAGUACCGGCACGAGAAGAGCGAGGACAACUUCAGCUGCUCCGUCUGCAGCUACACCUUCGCCUACCGGACGCAGCUGGACCGGCACAUGACGGCACACAAGUCCGGGCGGGACCAGCGUGUGCAUGUGACGCAGUCCGGAGGAAACCGCAAAUUCAAGUGCACCGAGUGCUCCAAGGCGUUCAAGUACAAGCAUCACCUAAAGGAGCACUUACGAAUCCACAGCGGAGAGAAGCCAUACGAAUGCCCAAACUGCAAGAAGCGCUUUUCUCACUCCGGGUCCUACAGCUCCCACAUCAGCAGCAAGAAAUGCAUCGGCCCGCUGCCUGUGAACGGCCGGCCCCGCCCGGGGGGAAAGGCCCCCCAGUGCCCCUCCCCCUCCCAGCCCGCCCUGCCCUCGGCCCCCGGCCGGACGCAGCUCCGCGAGAAGCCGGACCACGGCAAGCCCCUGCAGGAGCAGCUGCCUGUCAACCAGAUCAAAGCGGAGCCCGUGGAGUACGAGUACAAGCCCGUGGUGGUGGCCCCCGCGGUGAACGGGGUGUUCAACGGGGGCCCCGCCCUGCAGGCGCCGGCCCCGGCUCAGGGCGUGGUGCAGGCGGUGGUGCUGCCCACCGUGGGCCUGGUCUCGCCCAUCAGCAUCAACCUGAGCGACAUCCAGAACGUCCUCAAGGUAGCGGUGGACGGGAACGUGCUGCGCCAGGUGCUGGAGAGCGCCCACAUCAACGCCGUGUCCAAAGAGGCGGGGGCGGCGGCGGUGGCGGCGGGCCAAGGCCAACCGCAGCCCGUGGCCGGCACCCACUCCGUCAUCUCCGCCAUCAGUCUUCCCAUCGUCGACCAGGACGGCACCACCAAGAUCAUCAUCAACUACAGCUUAGAGCCCAGCCCCGCCCAGGUGGCCCCCCAGGCCCCCAAAAAGGAGGUGCCCCGGAGCGCUGAGGUCUGCAAGGCGGAGAAGCCCCCCGAGGAUCUCACCGUCAAGGCGGAGCAGAACAAAAAAGCGGAGGCCGCGAACGCCAAGGCGACAGAGGUGGAGGUGGAGGCGGAGGCGGCGCCGGGUUCGGUGCCGGCACAGAGUAGCAGUACCUGCCUCCUGUGUGAUGACUGCCCGGGAGGCCUGGAUGCACUUCACAAGCUGAGACACUGUAACGCCGAGGGCCUGAAGAUCAACGGGACGGAUGUGGAGAGCUGCGACUCCGCCAUCUCCUCCCUGCUGUCGGACGGGUCGCCUGGCCAGCCCCCGCUGAAGAACCUCCUCUCGCUCCUCAAGGCCUACUUCGCCCUGAACGCCGAGCCCACCGCCGAGGAGCUGGCCAAGAUCUCCGACUCGGUCAGCCUGCCCACGGAUGUGGUGAAGAAGUGGUUCGAGAAAAUGCAGUCGGGGCAGAUUUCGGUGGGAGGUCCCCGCCCUCCCCCUCCUGGGCCCGAGGCCCCCGCGUCCGAGAGCAACAAAGCCGAGGCUGAUCCCCCCGCGGCCCCUGAGCAGAACGGUGAGGCCGCCGUGUCUGAAAGCCCGCUCACUGCACCCCAAGCGCAGAGCGCCUCAACCGAGCCUGCCAGCGCCGCCGCCAACGGAGCCAACAGCACCCCCACCUCCCCCUCACCACUAAACCUGUCCUCCACCGGGCUCAUCAUCAUCAAAUCCGAGGAAGACUCUGAGGAGGAAGGGCAGGCGGAACCCCUCGACCUGUCACUACCAAAGCUCCCCAGAGGAGAGACGGACAGAGCCGCCAGUAGCGUUUACCAGAGCAGUGUUUACUCCGUUCAGGAAGAGCCCCUGAACCUAACUUGCACAAAGAAAGAGCAGCCGCAAAGUGACACUAUUUACGUAACCCCAAGUGCCAACCCCGUCAACAUCGUCACCACUCAGUUACCCACCAUCGUGGCCAUCACCGACCAGGGCAGCGUGCCGUGCUUGCGGGCGGUGACCGCCAACAAACAGACUAUCCUGAUCCCACAGCUUGCGUACACCUACACCACUUCAGGAAGCAGUCCCACGGGGACCGACACCCAGAAGAAGACGCUGCAGGCCAAUGGCCACCAGGAGGAGAGAUUAGACACUAGCUCUGAGGGCGUGGAGGAGCAGAACGACUCGGACUCGGCCCCGCCCCGGAAGAAGAUGCGGAAGACGGAGAGCGGUAUGUACGCCUGCGACCUGUGUGACAAGAUCUUCCAGAAGAGCAGCUCCCUGCUCCGACACAAGUAUGAGCACACAGGUAAGAGGCCACAUGAGUGCGGUAUCUGCAGCAAGGCCUUCAAACACAAGCACCACCUGAUCGAGCACAUGCGCCUGCACUCGGGCGAGAAGCCCUACCAGUGCGACAAGUGCGGGAAGCGCUUCUCCCACUCCGGCUCCUACUCCCAGCACAUGAACCACCGCUACUCCUACUGCAAGAAGGAGGCGCAGGAGCGGCAGGAGGGCGGCGAGCGGGGGGAGGGCCGGGGGGAGGCGGCGGCCCCCGGGGAGCGCCUGACGGGCAGCCAGGCCGCCUCGCCCCCCUCCCAACUCGACUCAGACGACCGGGAGAGCAGCACCCGGGAGGACGAGGAGAGCGAGGAGGAGGAGGAGGAGGAGGAAGAGGAGGGGGCCGCCGUGAGCGAGGACGAGAUCCAGGUGGUGCGCGUGGGCGAGGGGGAGGACAGCGAGGAGGAGGGGGAGGGAGAGGAAGAGGAGCAUGCGGCCGAGGAGCAGGAGGAGGGAGCGCAGGACAAAGAGGAGGCGCUGGGAGAGGGAGAGGGAGCCGUGCCGGGAGAGGAGGAGACGCAGGAGAACACGCAGGAAGGAGGUAAAGCUCAGGAGGAAGAGGAGGCGAUGGAGACAGAGGAAACCACGGCAACGGAGGAGACGGCAGAAACCGAUAAGAAGGAAGACAGGAAGGAGACCUUGAUGGACUUAGCAGAAGCAGCGGACAGGAACGAGGGUGAGAAUUCGGAACAUGGGGACAAGGAAGCGGAAGAUAAGGUUGAUGGGAAAUGA